AUGAAGAUGAAAAGGGUCUCUGAUGCUAUGAAGCCUCGGAAAACUGCCAUGGCCAAGAGAGGCUCCACUCUGAAGAAUAAGGCCGGCCGACUCUCGAAGCUGUGCGAUAUUGCCGUUUACAUGAUCGCUCUUGGUGCCGACGGCAAGAUCAACGAUUGGCCGGAAAACCAACAAGAUUUGAAAUCAGUUAUACUCAAGUACAAGAAUCUGAAGAGGGGUUUCAAAGAUCAAAUUGAAAAGGGUCUGUUCUCUGUCGAAAAGGGUUUCUUGGAAUUUGUUGAUGAUGGAGAAAAUCGGGAUUUGGGUAUUCAAGAUAAUUGCUUGGGGGCCAAGUUGGAGUCUUUGAAUGAGAGGAUCGGAGCUGUGACGAUGAAGAUGAUGAUGAUGAGGGAUGACGGUAAGCGCAGUUUCAUGGACUUGUACAAGAAUAUCAUGGAACCAGAUGCAGCAGAUCAACAACAACAAUCAUCUCUUAAUCUUAAUUUGAAUCUUCAUCCAACUGAUCUCGUCAUACCCACACCCAAACCCAAACCCAAUUUAAUUGAUUAA